AUGGGUCGCAUCGCCUUUCUCGAGACCGACCAAACCCCUGUUCGAGCACAGGUGCUGUAUGAGAACGAGCAAGCAGUGCAGGAGAUGACUGCCAAAGCCAUGGUGCACCGGAAGGGAGAAUUGUUGAAGAAGAUCCAAAGGCCGACCCCGAUAGGGUUUACUCGUGAGUCUUUAAUAGAGACUCAAUGCAGCGGCUCGGUAGCCGGGAUCUGCGAGCAAACCGCCACGGAAGGAGGUCUGCAACCGGUCGAGAAGGCGGCCAGGUCGGCGCUCAAGUCACGACCCCCAAGCAUCGGCUCUAUCCACAGAGAUCGUUACAUACAGUAUGACACCCUUAUCCGAGUCAAGAGCCAGAGUGGCGUCAAGAGUCAGAGUGGCGUCAAGAGCCAGAUCCAGGGGGGUUUACGAAGCCGCAGUCUUCUGCGAAGCCAGAGUGGUUUACGGAGUCACAGUGGGAGCGUAGUUGAGUCGAGUACGUCACCAUUGCGGGACGUGUCGCAUGUCGACUUAUUGCGUGAGGAGGUGUUCCGUAAGGAUGAGUUUCGUGAGAGCGAGUUGGUGGCUGUAUCAUCAAUUGAGAUUCCGACGAGCGCAGCGAAUUCUUUACAGCGUGUUCAUUUUGGUGAAAGUGGUAGGUACAGUUUGGAUGAAGGCCAGCCGCCGGAGUUGGUACAUGAUACAUCUGCUGGUGUGGUACCUGCGGGAGGUCGUAAGACAUUGCCUGCGUAUUUAGCUCAGAAGAGGCCAGUGGAGAUAGAGUGUGUGCCGGGUGUGUGCACGACGGCACCGAAGAUAAAGCCACCAUGGAAGCAACUGGUAGUGUUUGUAAUGGUGUUAUUAUUAGUGUUACCAUUUGUAAGUUUUGUUGUGGCAAGAGUGGCAGUGAAUAGUUCAUAUUUGCAUAUGGUUCCAGUCUCGGCGACAUUUAACAUUCGGCACUGUAAUUUAAUUUUUGUUACCAAUGACAGUCUACCUGGACUUGUAAUUAACAUCAAGACGUGGGCACAUACUCUUGAAAACUUCAGCUGGACCCGUCUUCUCUUACGGCCACAUGACCCGGGCUAUGUGCGUAAUGGAGACCAAGUAUAUGUUGACGUACGACGAACUUCACCUUCACUCUAUCUACCAUGCGUCAUACACGCAUCACACCCCAGCUGGUACGAAUUCCGCAACUUACAUAUCUAUACCAACAUCAACGCUGAAGCAGCACUCAUUGCCGCACGCAGCGCCAUCACCGUUCAAGACGAAUUUGUCCUAGAUGCAAACAAUGCUCAAGCCGUCCUCAAUAAAGUCCGCGCUCGAAGCUAUCAUCUCGUCGGCCAAGGCGGCACUUUCAUCGAUAUUGGCAUCAGCCCCAAGUGGACACCCAUAGCACCCGUUCCGGCUAAUGGGGAUGCUGGAGUUAGACGUGGAGGCGCCGCUGGUACCGGCCGUGGAGAGUCGGAGUUCAUGAGUGACUGGUCGGCGUUCUGGCGGAACGGCUGGGUGGAGGGGCCUAAACUGUACAUCAACGGAGGACCGUACCCAGUCGUGAUCCGGACGGAUAGCACAGUAACCAUGAUUGUGCCGGAAGACUACCUGGACGCGAUGAGUAUCCAUACGGAUGGCAGUGUGGAUUUCGACGACGAGUCGGGCAAUCGCCAAAAAGUCACGGUUAACCGAGGACGCUUGGAGGCGGCGCAGCUGCGGCGAUUCCUGGACCAAGACGACCAGGACGACGACGCAGACGCGGACAACCAUGUGUUGGCGCAUACAGAUGUGCAUCUCAAGUGCACACUCACGCUUUCGCACACACCUGUGUACUGGUACGUGCUCAACGGUUACGACAUGAGCGAUGACGACGCCAAAGACUACGAACUCUUCCACUGGCACGGACGCGGGCAGGACGUCGUACGCUGGACGGAAAGCUCUGAAUCACGAGUGUUGGACGCGAAUCUUUGGCUCAAGGAUAAUAAAUAUGACUCGUACAUUCUUUGGAUCGAAGUCUUGGGUCCCAACACACACCAACUUGUCGACAAUAAAAUCGACCGUUUCUCACCUCGUCCACAGAUCCGAUGGAACAUUAUUAGCGGCGUCGCACUCCAAAGCAAACUGCUCCACCUUGUCCUUCUUACCGGUGGUAUUCUGGACCCCAAAAUUGAGUUCGUUAGCCUUCAUCAUCAGGGGCUUUUUUGUCCCGUAAUCGACGCCGACACACACGCUGUUAUUCCUACUCGCGCCUACUACGGACUCCAAAAUUGCAUCGACGAUCUCAUGAAGGAUCAAUUCCGUCUUAUGGCACGUUCCUUCAAAGAAGCCAAGGUUGGCAGCCGCUUCAUUCUUGAAGCCCUUAAUAUCAAUAAUCAAUACAUACGUACAAUUUAUACACUUGUCAUAGAUACUGUUGUUGCCCGACCUGCCAUGGAAGAUCGAGACAGUUUCUCCCUCACUGUGAGCCUGUUCAUCAACCUACUUCUCUCCGGGGGGCUGGCCGUUUACUUCCUCCGAUGGACCCACCUGUGUACCGUCGAACACGUCUACAAUGGCUACUACAAAGACAACUUCAUCGUUAUCUCCAACAGCUACCGACUGGACCACUCAAUCGCCCUCGGCAGCCCGAUUACUGCUGGCCACGCCUCUGGUCCUGGCGGAAGUACUGGCCACGCCUUUGGUCCUGGCGUAGGUGCUGGUGCUAGUUCAGUACCUAGUAGUCCGUGGAGAGUGACUGUUACGCGUUAUUACUCCAGUGACCCGCGACGGCAGGGGUUAUUGUGUCGUUGGAAUGAGACGAGCGAACACGACUUCGAGCGGAUCUGCGUAGUGAUUCGUGAUGUAACAAUGAAUGCCAUGCUUGAAGAACAACGACGAGCACAUGAGGAGUCUGCACAUAGGGAAAUUGCACAUAAGGAGUCUGCACAUAAGGAGUCUGCUGACACAUCGCAGUUACUCAGCAGUCUGCCAAGCAGUCUGCCAAGCAGUCUGCCAAGCUUAACUAACGGCAAUCUGAUGUCAGCGAUAGUGUCAGGUAGCAAGAGCAAUAAUAAAGAUCUAUCGUAUAGCAAGGUUAAUAAGAAUAUGGCUUCUAAUGAUCGAUCCAAUAAGUUUUUAGAAUCUCAGGUCUUGCGAAAUGCGAAGCUACGACCGGACGAAAUAGCGUUUUGGAUGCCUGCGAAAGAAGUGCAUGUUACAGAGACCGUCGCCGGGGAUCGGCGUGAAUUGAUAAUACCAGCUGUCUGUAUGGGAAGACGACGAGGGAAUUACAGUUUACGAAUGGAUCAUGUAUACCGUGUGCGAUUAAUGAAAGCUAAUAGAUAUGUGACCCAAAUUUCUGAUUGGAGUGAACCGGUUGUGCUUUAUCGACAGAUAUCUGCUUCUGAUUCAAUAUUAGGUUUAUUCAGCUUGCUAUCUAGGUCAUCUGUUAGAUCUCUACCUUAUUUCAUAAAUAAAUGUUGCACCAGCUCUAAGCCCUUACAACUUACAAUACAGUUCCAUAAUAUUAAGUUGUUCCCUUUCGGAGUGAGAGCGCAUAAAUACAAAGUUAUUAUAUUCGCUACAGACCUAACACCUAGAGGUGUCACGACUGAUACUUUAGUGGAUCUGGAUGAUUAUCUUAGCGUAGAUAAUCUGACCGAAUAUAAUCGUCAGCCUACAUUCAAAUCGGGAUUUUUCAGAUCCGAUUUUGGAGGUUUCAGAUCCAAACGUUCUAGCCACCGUAGCACCAGCCACCGUAGCACCAGCCAAUGCGGUACUCCUAUACGAUCGCAUGCCAGUGGUAUGGGCAGUGCAAGUUGGCAGAAUCGAUUUUCUACAAGAUAUCGAUCCCGCGCACAUGUUAAUUUUGAGCUUGAAUCAGAAGAACUUUUGGUCGGAGUGGCAGAUUGUUAUACUCAAGAAUGGAUUGCAACUGCACGUAUAGAACGAAAGACGUUCAUUAGCCAACUAGUCUCAAUUUACAGGCACCUGGUAAUUUCAAUGAUGUAG